AAAUUUUAAAAUUUGUUCUUGUAUUGUUUCCGAACAUUCGAUUUCGAUUAAAUAGAUUUUCGAUAAAUUUGGCUUGUAUAAUUUUUACCGGAAGUUUAGCCAUUUUGACAAAGAUUUGGAACAGACAACAACACGCAUUGCAGAGCAGCAGAAAGGAUUUCGGGAGUGAUUUUUCCACCUUUUUUCACUCAAAUAAUAACAGCAGAGUAGUUGAAAGAGUCGAAAAACAUCAAUUGAAACAUAAAAAGGAGCAGUCACCUUAAAUAACAUCAAGAACGGAUUAAAACUAUAUCAAGAAAAAACCUCAAAGCUCUGAUAUGGCAGACUCAGAUAAGCAGCUACCAGCCGAGCAACAACAUCCUCAAGAUUCCACUCAAGGCGAUACUGUUCAGCCACAACAAAAACAAUUGCCGCCUCCAAAGGAAAUAAUUGCAACCAAGGUAACUGGCACAGUGAAAUGGUUCAAUGUAAAGAGUGGAUAUGGUUUCAUUAAUAGAAAUGACACCAAAGAGGAUGUUUUUGUACAUCAAAGCGCUAUUAUCAAAAACAAUCCCAAGAAGGCAGUGCGUUCCGUUGGUGAUGGUGAAGUGGUAGAAUUCGAUGUUGUUAUUGGCGAAAAAGGCAAUGAAGCUGCUAAUGUAACUGGACCUUCUGGAGAACCAGUACGUGGUAGUCAAUUUGCUGCUGAUAAACGUCGGAAUUAUCGCCCUUGGCUCAGGAGAAAUCGUCGCAAGCAACCAGCUGCAGGUAACCAAGGCCAAGAGCAUGGUGGUCAAGCAGUAGGAGAUCAAAAUGACAUUAACGACGGUCAACAGCAAGCUCCAAGACAGCAACGUAAUUUUAGGCGUGGAAGUCGUGGACGAGGUAGGCGUUUUAAUAACUAUUAUCCACGAAACCAACAAAGACGUUCGGGAGGUGGUGAUGGUAUUAGUAUUGGUGAUGGACACGAGCAGAAUCCUGAUCAAGUACAACUUGCUCGUCGCGGCGGUCCACAAAGACGUUUCUUCCGGCGCAAUACCAACAAUCGCGGCCGUCGUGGUGGUCCACGUAGUGAUGAUGGAAAUGGCGAACAAGGUCCUCCACGCAACACUCGUCCACGUCGUAACAGGAAACCAAAUAAUGGUGGGGGACCAGCUGGCAACGAACAAGAGAACGUUGGCCAGGAAGUUCGGAACACCACAACUGAGAGUUCUGCAUAAGCAGAUCGGUACAACAAAGCAGCUAGGCAGCAAAUUUUAAUAAAUAAAACUUAUUUAAAUUAAUUCAACAUAACGGAAAAAACCUCUUAAUACAUUGCAGAAAAUACUAUAUAAAAUAUGUAAUUACAAAGAGGAAAAUAUCUUAGAACAUAUACAGAAGAAAAAUAAUGUGGUGAAUAAAAUUAAAUUUUAUAUCCUUUUAUAAUUUCUUUAGUUCAUAAAGAACGCUUCCUCAGAAAUGAAUAUAUGUAUUUUUUAAGUUUGUAGUGCAUUGAG